AUGGCAUUUCGCGGUACAGAGAGUCCCAUGGACUUUGAAUGGCAAGGUUAUGGGCCCAUGGAUCCCAGCUCUCCCUUUCAUAAACACAUCAUGGAUGCUCAAGCAAAGAAGCGUACUCACAGCGAGUUUGACUCCCCGAAGAAGACCGCCGUUCCUGCCUUGCGCGAGCCUAAUAACCAACCAUUCUUCUUUUCAAACCCUCCCGCAUCCCCGUCUCAACCAUCCCCGUUCCGCGCAUCCUCGUUUACCACUCCACGCAAGCCGUUCGAUAUAGACUUCUCUUCCGGCCCAGAAAACUCUUCGCCACUCGAGCAGACAGACAACGACGAGACUCCGGACGCCAAACCUAUUCCGAUCGAGUUCAAGAGUAGUCCCCGGAAGACAGAAAACAAGAGAAGCUCGUUAUUUGGGCUGUACGGCAGAUUCGUUGCGAGCCCAGGCCGAGGAGAGAUCCGAAAACCUCACAGUGAUGCCAUUGCUCGACGCAUACACAAGAAACGCCGGCGGGCACAGAAGUUUGAUAAACAGUUGAUGUUGGGCAGAGUCGACCAGACCGACGACAGCGAAGACGACGCUCCUCCAAGUCCAUCUAAGCCGAAGACACCCAAAGUUGAAGAAGUGGGCUGGAUUACGGGUCUGUUUACGUUUAUCCACACAUAUCCUGACGCGCCUUCGAUCAUUGCAAAGUAUCUGCAGGUCUUUUUCAACGCCGCCAUUCUUGGGGGCUGUCUAUACAUGUUCUGGUCAUUUUAUGCAACCAUUCGGGCAGAUGUGGAUCGUGCCAGUGACGAUGCAAUGGCUGAAGUGCUCGCCGAGAUGGCAACCUGUUCGAAGAACUACGUCGAGAAUCGGUGUGGCGCCGAUACCCGACUGCCAGCCCUCGAGACCAUCUGCAGCAACUGGGAGCUAUGUAUGAACCGGGAUCCAAGCGCAGUGAAGCGAGCAAGAUUGAGUGCCCACACUUUCGCAGAGAUUUUCAAUAGUUUCGUGGAGCCGAUCAGCUUGAAGACUAUGAUCUUCACCAUCACUUUGGUAGUGGUCGGGCUGAUUGUCAACAACGCCACAUUUACGCUAUACCGACGACAACAAGAGCAGCAAAAUACAGGCAUGUACCGACCGCCUUCAGGCUCAUAUAUGCAUCCUGGACCCCAUAAUGGACAGAUGAGCCAAUUUGCUUUGUCUCCGGGAACACCAUACGGUCAGCAUUAUGUGGGCUGGCAUCCAGAUCAGGGGUUUGGCGGCCAGCAGCAACUAGAGUAUCAGCGGAGUCCAAGCAAGGAGCAUCGCGCGCGAAGUCGGAGUCCGGAGAAAAAGGCUUUUGCAUAA